GCAUACAGUCUGGGAAAACAUCAUGCAGACAAGACAUUGUUUACCAAAUACUUUAUCUGCUUCUCAUACUUCAUGCUAAGGGGCUGAGUGUUUCCUUCUUCUGGGUUCCUGCACAUGUAGGGAUAGAAGGGAAUGACAUUGUGGAUGUACUGGCAAAAAGAUCGAUAAAACAUGAAACAGUUGUUAUACAAGUACCAUUAAGUAGAGCAGAGAUCAAAACCAUUAUAAAGGGACACGCGCAUAAAAUAUGGCAGGAAUACUGGGACACAGCUGACACCGGACGACACCUAUAUACUAUACAAAAACAAGUAGGCAUGAGUGUGAGGCAGGGCAGAAACCCAAAGGAAGAGAUGAUAAUUAUGCGUCUUAGAAUAGGUCAUGCUGGCUUAAAUCUAGCAUUAAACAGAAUAGGAAAACACCCCAGUGGUCUCUGCACACACUGUAGUACACAAGAGAUGGUAAAACACAUUCUGUUAGACUGCAAAAGGUAUGAGGAGGAAAGAACUGAGCUAGAGAUGCAGAUUGGAAAACAAAACAUGACACUAGUGAACUUGCUGGGGAAAACAUCUGGGAAAAUGCACCAACCCCUGAUAGACUAUCUAAAAAAUACUGGGAUAAGUGAGAGACUUUAGUAAUCUGGUAGGAAUAUCUAGUAUAUCGUUAUUUAUCUCUUUAUUUUCUUUUAUUUAUGUAUUAUUAUUAUUAGUUAUUUUUAUUUUAUUUUUUUUUUCCUGCCAAUCUACCGCCCACACUCCAGUCCAGUAGGUGGCGGUAAUGCACCUUUAGUGGUUUGCCAUUAAAACAAAAAGUAGAAGAUCGCCCUAUUGGCUGUUUGCUGCAAACGAUAUGGCUUUUGUGUGCACGCUGAGUAAACCUUGAUCCAAUGUUAAAUCCGGGUUGACUAAGAAAGUUGAUAACCAACGUUAUGAAAUCUGUUAACCCGGGUUGGAUUUGUUUGGUUUUGUUAACUCAAAACUUACUCUGCAACUCUGAGUUUGUUCAGCUCGCUUGGUGAAACAGGUCUGCGGUCAGCUGUGUUUGCUUUAUCCCGCUAGGCUUUCCGUACUUCUACGGUCACGUGGUGCAAACAACACAUUCUGCCGCGAAAACUGGCUCUUCUCGUGCGCUCGCUGUACGUGUACUAAUACGAGGUUUUAUAACAAGAAAACAUAACAGCACAUCAGAGAACAUAUUUAUUUGCUUGUUUUUUAGUGGAUAAAUUCGGCAAAGAGCUGCUUAAUAAUGUUUUGCGAAAAGGCAGUUGAACUUGUAAGGGAACUUCACCGGAUGAGUGAUGGCCAGUUACCUGCUUUUAACGAGGAUGGAAUUCGACAAGUGCUUGAAGAAAUGAAAGCUUUAUACGAGCAAAACCAAAGUGAUGUGAAUGAAGCCAAGACUGAGGGCAAAACUGAACUAAUACCAACCAUCAAGUUUCGUCACUGCUGCUUGUUGAGGAACCAGCGCUGUACUGCAGCCUACCUUUAUGACCGGCUCCUGCGAAUCCGUGCUCUCAGAUGGGAGUAUGGAAGUGUGUUGCCCACAACAAUUCGGUUCCACAUGUGUGCAGAGGAGUUGGAGUGGUUUAAUCAGUACAAGAAGUCACUGGCCACAUAUAUGAGGUCACUUGGAGGAGAGGAGGGUCUGGACAUAACACAAGACAUGAAACCCCCUAAGAGCCUGUAUAUUGAGGUGCGCUGCUUGAAAGAUCACGGGGAGUUUGAAAUCGAUGAUGGAACAGUUAUUCUCUUAAAGAAGAAUAGCCAGCAUUUUCUGCCCCGAUGGAAGUGUGAGCAGCUGAUUCGGCAGGGAGUACUGGAGCACGUCAUUUCUUAACAUGACCUUUUUGUGGGUUUUGAUAGUUAAUAACUAUAAAUUAACAUUUGUGUCUGUCAAUUACAUGAAUUUCAAUAAUUCAAAGAAUUUAUCAAAGCAGUGUCCAGGUGUUUUGCUGCAUGAAAUUUUACUGUCAAACUGUACAGUGAUUUCAUGUGUACAUCAUCUAUAUCACACUGCUGCUAUGGCUUAAGCAGGUCCAUUUUUCUUUUUUGAAUAAAUGCUGUGAAGGUGAUGAUACAGUUGAGAAUAAUCAAUAAAAUUACAGCUUUUGCAAAA